AUGAUUGUCACAUCAGAGUUAUUCCUCUUCAAACACAACAUAAGUAAAGAAUUUAUAAAAAAAUGUUCUGAUGACGUAAUCGAGAAAGCAAAUGUGGAAAGGAAAGAAGAAACACGAGAAAGUGGUGAAGUUAAAAAAGUGUUCACGUAUUCAAAUAGAGAUCUCGAUAAAGUUUUAACUCAUACUGUGUGUGAUGAUUAUGAAUCUGAAGAAGUUUCUAGUUAA